GCUUUCGCUGGCGGCAUGGCGUCCGCAGUAAAAGGAACUAAAAUGGAGAACGCGUACUCUCCUGGCGAAAUCGAUUUGUCCCUCAUUUUACGAGACAGUGUUCGGGACCAACUAGAUUCUUUACCAGCCGGUAAGUCUCACAUCAUCAAGGACAUGGCAUACUCUGUCACAGGCUUCUAUGACAUGUUACCCAGCAAGGAGUCUAACUUCAAACACGUCUUCCUCAUCCGCAAACCCGAAUGCAUGUUUCCAUCAUGGCGCCGGUUGCUCAUGAUCCAGCUAAAGAUCAUGGGAAUGGAGGCGGGAAAACCUAUCGAGGACGCUACGUUCGACAUGACCACCGACGUCCCGUUCGAUGCCUGGAUACAUAACAUCGAUCCCAACCCGGUGAUUAUCGACGCGGACGAGUUGGCCAUGCACCCUGCCGAGCUGCUACCGAAGCUGUGCGAGGUAUCAGGCAUGCCCUUUGACCCAGUCUCCUGGAAUGGGACGAAUCUCCCGACUGCUGCGGAGAGUGGCGCUCUCUUUUCCCCCUCAAGAAGAAAGACGGGACUCUGA